AUGGCGGGUGUGUUCAAGAAUGUGUUCGGCUCCCCUGGGGCUGCCAACCCUGAUGAUGAUUUCGCCGACUUCGUCGAGGCCCCGAACCCGUCUCCCGCGUCGCUUGUCGCCGACACGACCACUGUCCCAGCUCUCAACACAGCCGGUGCCGUCCCCUACACAAAAUGGUACCGAGUCUGGGAGCGCACCUCGCCCAAGGACUUCAUGCAGGAGGCCAUGAUCAUGCCAUUCAUCCUGGUGAUCGUCCUCUUCCACGUCUGGGGUACACGGAAGAACCGGAGCCAGGCCCGCAAGUGGGCGCAGGCUCACAUCCCCGCGCUGCAGAAGGAAUUCUCGGUUGUUGGCUUCGAUGGAAUCGCGCGUCCCGGCCCGGAGGAGGGCGUCGACUCCGUCACCGUCGAGCUGACCAACCCGGAGAACCUGCUGAAGGAGCGGGCGGCGAACGAGUUCGCCGCAUAUGCGACCGGCCGUCAGAACAUUGCCUUCCUCGAUAUCUCGCUGAAGCUCCCCAAGCGCUAUAACCCUGUCACCUACAUCAUGGAAUAUGUCUUCAGCUUCUUCUUCGAGAGCUGGGAGGCACCUACCCAGAAGUAUGAGGCUCUGAUGUACGCUUUUGACGGCAAGGAGAAGGAUCUCAUUCCAGUUCUGGGCAAGGAUACUUCUUCGUUGAAGGUCAACCAGUCUACCUAUGAUGGAUUUAUCUGGGCUGUUGUUCACAAGAGCCACAUGGGCAAGUUCCGCACCGAUCGCUACGACGCCUCGAUGACUUUCUCCAAGGACCACCCUAAGCUCCCCUCCUGGGUGACUGUCAUGUCCGAGAGUGCUGAGAUCACCGAGAACCUUCUUACCGCGGACUUGGUGCAGGCUAUUGAGAAGGCGGGCCCCGACUUCGAGUAUCUGAUUGUCACUGACCAGCCCAUCGACAAGCCUACCAAGAUUGAUGAGACCACCCCGAAGAAGCGCCUUCAGUUGUCCGUCAACAUUAGCUCCGACUACUCCUCGACUCUGCCUCUAUUCAACCAGUACCUCCGCCUCCCCGACCGACUCGUGCAAGUGGCCCACUGGCGUGGCGAGGUCAUGCGCAAGGUGCGCAAUGUCCGUGAGGAGGAGAUCAAGAAGCUCCGCCGCGUUGAGGAGGAAGAGAAGGCCGAGGAGCGCAAGCUGGCUGCGGAAAAGGUGAAGAAGGAUGACCGCGAGCGUCUUCUCCGCGGCAUGAAUGCCGAGGAGCAGCGCAAGUUCCUGGACCGCGAGAGCCAGAAGAACCAGCGCAAGUCCCAGAAGAAAUACAGCCGCAAGGGUUGA